GCGCGCGUCUUUCCUCUCUCGGAGCAUCAUCAUCCGACUGCACCUUUUCCUCCUCUCGGGAGCAGACCGAGAAAGACCUCGCAGAUGAGGAAAGACGUGUGGUCAUUUGCGAGCGGAGCGGCGCGUUAGCCACCCAGCGAGCAGCCACCGGGCACCGACCACCGCCGGGCGUCUUGGCCGCGGUGAGGCUCACCUCCGACGGCUUGAAGGAGGAAGAAGUGGGGGGUGGGCUCCACAGGAUGUUUGCGAGGUGGCUGGAGAGUGAUGACAAGGCACACCUGAUUCCCCCCCACUAAGUAAGGAGGACGAGGAGGAAGGAGGAGAACCCCGCAAUGACCAUGCCAUUUCUCUCUAGUAGCGUGUGGUAGACAUCAGGCCCCUUGGGGAGUUUCCUGCAGGGGGGGGAGAGGGCCCGAUCUAGGCCACAAAGAUGGAGUUGGCAGGCAAACACGCUUACCUGACGCAAGACUGAGUGGGGACCGUGCAAAACGAUGAGAGCGUGAGCUCGGAGUGCAAUUCCAGGAAAACUGCCAUGAGGCUAUCUGCCUGGCUUUAGCCUCAGCCCCCCCCCCCUCCUAAAAAGUGUGUGUGCGUGAGCGGCAAGUGCGUGUAUGAGUGUGAUGGCCAUGUGCGUCUGGGCGGCCGCCCCUCUGCUCUUCCUGGGCCUGAGCCUGUGCAGCGUGGGGGGCCAAGCCCAAGGCGAGGUGCUGGAGUUUGGUGGCGUGUCCAGCCAGUGGGGGCGCUUUCCCGUGUGGAACGCCUGCUGCGAGAGCGUGCUGAGUUUCAGCCUGCGGACGCACAGCCAGGAGGGCCUCCUGCUCUAUCUGGACGACGAGGGCUUCUGCGACUUCCUGGAGCUCCUGCUGCUGCGCGGCCACCUGCGUCUACGCUUCUCCAUCUUCUGCGCCGAGCCGGCCGAGCUGCAGUCGGGCGUGGCGGUCAGCGAUGGUCGAUGGCACGCCGUGCGGGUCAAGAGGGACUGGAAGAACACCUCGUUGGAGGUGGACGGGCGGCUGGAGGGCUGGGCCGAAGUCAAGAGCAAGAGGAGAGACAUGACGGUCUUUAGCCACACCUACGUGGGCGGGGUGACGGCCGAGCUCCGCGCAUCGCCGCUGCGCCUCACCUCGCCCUCUGUCCGCGACCGCCCCGCCUUCCGCGGGUGGAUGGGGGCGCUGAGCAUCAACGGCACGCCGGCCGCCCUGGACGGCUCCGAGGGCGUGACGGUGACGGCGGGCUGCGGGCCGGACCACCGAUGCCAGAACGGAGGGGUGUGCAGCCUGGUGGACGACCGGGCCGUAUGCGACUGCUCCGACACCGGUUACCAAGGCAACGACUGCAGUGAAGAGCACAGCUACACCCCAGGUCUGGCACACCUGAUGAUUGGCGACCAAGGAAAGCUCAGAGCCCGCGAGGAGUACGUUGCCACCUUCAAGGGCUCCGAGUUCCUCUGCUACGACUUGUCGCCCAACCCCAUCCAGUCGAGCAGCGACGAGAUCACGCUGUCGUUCAAGACCCUCCAGCGCAACGGGUUGAUGCUGCACACGGGCAAGUCGGCCGACUACGUGAACCUGUCACUGAAGAACGGCGCCGUCUCGCUGGUCAUCAACCUGGGCUCGGGCGCCUUCGAGGCCUUGGUGGAGCCCGUCAACGGCAAGUUCAACGACAACGGCUGGCAUGACGUCAAGGUCACGCGCAACCUCAGACAGCACUCAGGCAUUGGACACGCUAUGGUGACCAUUUCGGUGGACGGCAUCCUGACCACCACGGGCUACACCCAGGAGGACUACACCAUGCUCGGGUCCGACGAUUUCUUCUACGUGGGAGGGAGCCCCAGCACUGCCGAUCUGCCCGGCUCCCCUGUCAGCAACAACUUCAUGGGCUGUUUGAAAGAGGUGGUGUACAAGAAUAACGACGUGCGGCUGGAGUUGUCUCGACUAGCUAAACAGGGAGACCCCAAGAUGAAGGUGAGCGGCGUGGUGUCCUUCAAGUGCGAGAGCGUGGCCACGCUGGAUCCCGUCACUUUCGACACGCCCGAGUCCUUUGUGGCGCUCAGCAAAUGGACGGCCAAGAAGGCGGGGUCCAUCUCCUUCGACUUUCGCACCACAGAGCCCAACGGUUUGAUGCUCUUCAGCCACGGGAAACCCAGACAAAUGCAGCGAAAGGACCCCCGCACGCCGCCCACUGUCAAGGUGGACUUCUUCGCCAUCGAGAUGCUGGAUGGACACUUGUACUUGUUGCUGGACAUGGGCUCUGGUACCACCAAGACGAAAGCCAUCGACAGGAAGGUCAACGAUGGGGAAUGGUACCAUGUGGACUUUCAGAGGGAUGGGCGCUCAGGAACUAUCUCGGUGAACAGCGUGAGGACGGCGUACACGGCCCCGGGCGACAGCGAGAUCCUAGACCUGGACGAGACGCUUUACCUUGGCGGUCUUCCCGAGGACCGCGCCGGGCUCAUCUUCCCCACGGAGGUGUGGACGGCGCUGUUGAACUACGGUUAUGUGGGCUGCAUUCGCGACCUGUUCGUGGACGGGCAGAGCAAAGACAUCCGACGGCUGGCUGAGGCGCAGCGAGCGGUGGGCGUCAAGCCUUCCUGCUCCAGGGAGCCACCCAAGCAGUGCCUGUCCAACCCUUGCCAGCACAACGGCGUCUGCCGUGAGGGCUGGAACCGAUACGUCUGCGAUUGUUCGGGCACCGGGUACCUGGGACGCUCUUGCGAGAGAGAUGCGACCAUCCUGUCGUACGACGGCAGCAAGUUCAUGAAGGUGCAGCUGCCCAUGGCCAUGCACACGGAGGCGGAGGACGUGUCGCUACGCUUCCGCUCCCAGCGGGCGUACGGCGUCCUCAUGGCUACCACGUCCCGCAACUCGGCCGACACGCUGCGCCUGGAGCUGGACGGCGGACGCGUGCGCCUCACAGUCAACCUCGACUGUAUCAGGAUAAACUGUACCGCCAGUAAAGGCCCCGAGACCAUCUUUGCGGGCUCGGGUCUCAAUGAUAAUGAAUGGCACACGGUGCGGGUGGUACGGCGCGGCAAGGGCCUCAAGCUCACCGUGGACGAUCUGCAGCCCGUUGAAGGUCAAAUGGCGGGAGACCACACCCAGCUGGAGUUCCACAAUGUAGAAACUGGCAUCGUGACGGAGAAACGCUUCAUGCCGGCCGUUCCGUCCAACUUCAUCGGGCACCUGCAGGGCCUGGCGCUCAACGGCAUGCCCUACAUCGACCUGUGCAAGAACGGCGACAUCGACUACUGCGAGCUCAACGCCGUCAUCGGCUACAAAAGCAUUGUGGCCGAUCCGGUCACCUUCCGCUCGCGAUCCAGCUUCGUAACGCUGCCCACGCUGCAGGCCUACUACUCCAUGCACCUGUUCAUGCAGUUCAAGACCACCUCGCCCGACGGGCUCGUGCUCUUCAACCGCGGCGACGGCAACGACUUUAUCGUUGUGGAGCUGGUCAAAGGGUACCUUCACUACAUUUCCGACCUGGGCAACGGCGCCCACCUGAUCAAGGGCAACUCCAACAGCCCUCUGAACGACAACCACUGGCACAACGUGCACAUCUCCAGAGACACCAACAACCUCCACACGGUCAAGAUCGACACCAAAGUCACCACACAGACCACCAUGGGCGCCAAGAACCUCGACUUGAAGGGUGACCUGUACAUCGGGGGCGUGUCCAAGGAGAUGUACCGCGAGCUCCCCAAGCUGGUGCAUUCGCGCGAGGGCUUCCAGGGCUGCCUGGCCACGGUGGACCUGAACGGCCGGCUGCCGGACCUGCUGGCCGACGCGCUGGCCACCGUCGGACAGGUGGAGCGCGGAUGCGAAGUUACAUUGAUGAAAGCUGACUUGCAAGGUCCCAGCACCACUUGUCAAGAGGACUCGUGCUCCAAUCAGGGCGUGUGCCUGCAGCAGUGGGAGGGCUUCACCUGCGACUGUAGCAUGACGUCGUACGCGGGACCGCUCUGCAACGAUGCCGGCACCACGUACAUCUUCGGGCGCGACGGCGGCGUGGUGAUCUACACGUGGCCCCCCAACGAACGUCCCAGCACCCGCGCCGACCGUCUGGCGCUGGGCUUCAGCACGCAGCAGAAGCACGCCGUCCUGCUCCGCGUAGACAGCGCGUCCGGCUUGGGCGAUUACCUCCAGCUGCAGAUAGACAAGGGCAACAUCCGCGUAGUGUUCAACGUGGGCACGGACGACAUCAACAUCGAGGAGAGCUCCAAGUUCGUCAACGACGGGAAGUACCACAUCGUGCGAUUCACGCGCAGCGGCGGCAACGCCACGCUGCAGCUGGACGACCUGCCCGUCAUCGAACGCUACCCCUCAGGCAACAUUGAUAACGAGCGCCUGGCCAUCGCCAGACAGCGAAUCCCCUAUCGGCUCGGUCGAGUAGUUGACGAUUGGCUACUCGACAAAGGUCGCCAGCUGACCAUCUUCAACAGCCAGACCACCGUGCGCGUGGGCGGCGGCGGGAAUGAACGCCGCGCCGGCAUGUUCCAGGGACAGCUGUCGGGCCUGUACUACAACGGGCUGCGCAUCCUCAACAUGGCGGCCGAGGGCCACCCGCACAUCCGCGUGGAGGGCAGCGCCCGGCUAGUGGGCGACAUGCCCUCCUCUUCCAUCACGCCGCAGUCCAGCGCUGCGGCCGCCGGCGGUGGCAACCGCUCUGACUCGGCGCCCGCCGCCGGGGACGUCACUACCACCACCGCCAGCAACAGGAAGCAGGGCGCCACCCAGCAGUCGGCGGACGACAUCCUGGUGGCGUCGGCGGAGUGUCCGAGCGACGACGAAGACAUCGACCCGUGCGAUCCCAGCUCAGCACGUCCCCCGCUACCCGAAGUGAAGGUGUUCCCCGGUCCGUCGGAGGUCGUGCGUGAGAGCAGCAGCACCACGGGCAUGGUGGUGGGCAUAGUGGCGGCGGCGGCCCUGUGCAUCCUCAUCCUGCUCUACGCCAUGUACAAGUACCGCAACCGCGACGAAGGCUCGUACCACGUGGACGAGAGCCGCAACUACAUCAGCAACUCGGCCACGCAGCCCAACGGCAGCGCCAAGGACAAGCCGCUCGGCAUUACCAAGAUCUCCAAGAACAAGAAGAACAAGGACAAGGAGUAUUACGUCUAACCUUUAGAUAUAUAUAUAUAUAUAUAUACCAUAUAUAUAUAUAUUCCAAACAAACUUUUAAAGGCUCAGUGUACAUAAAUAGGUAUAUUCUCCCCGACAACAACAGCAACACAACACGCACGGACAUGUUGACUCAAUAGCACACACACACACACACUCAAGCACAAACAUACCUACACAUAAACUGCUUUGGAGGGACAUGUCCAAAAUGAGCCUCAGGACAGAGCAGGCUCCUUUUCUGAAACAAGACAAACCAUUCCAGAGGAUCCAGACGGAAGCAUAAGCGCAGCGAGAGUGACAAGUCGGGGAUUCGUCCAUUCAAAAUGUCAGUCGUCUACUUUCUACGACUAAAUUUACAAAUUAUGCACGUUUUUGUUUUCAUUACAGUUGCUGAUUUGAGCAGCAGUUUAGCAGUUUUCCUCAUUAAGGUUGUUAAUGAGUUGCCAGUCAUUUUGAAGCAUUUUUAAUAGAUUUUUCAAGAGCCUAAAUAAUAUGUUCUAAAAUUAUUUACUAAUAGACUCUCCACUAUCACCAGGGAGUAAAAUUAUGAAUAGUUGUCUGAUAAUAUCAGCCAAUAUUGAAAAAAACUUUGCACCAGUAAGUAAUCAGGGUUAGAAGUUAAUGUACAAGCCUGCAGCUUUUGUACAUGGGCUGGUCUCAGUUUAGCACAGAUAUGGUUAUUGUGACCUGUAGGUGUCUCCAAAUUAAGAGGCUUGGGAUUUGUUAAUUGUGGGAAAGACCCUCAUCACUCCUGGUGCACAAAUAAAAUGAACAAUAAUGAAUUAAAAAUGAAUUAUAUGAAUGAAUCACCAGAAAGAAAUAGCCACGUAGAAAAGUAAUAAAACACAUAAUUUUAAUUAAAAAUCUGUGCAAAAGCCCAGCAAAAUGCAUUUUGGUAAUUAUCAUUGCAUUGCCAUGUCCUUUGAUUCACUACCUGUAUUUAUAAUACACUGGUCGCCCUCUAGUGCUCUUUGAAAUACAUUUUAUUUAAUUAUAGACAUUUUGGCUAAUUUCAAUUUAUUUUAUUUAUAUGAAUCAUUAUUUUGGCACUUUUUCUAUAACUUCAGUUAAAGUUGUCCUCUUAUUUUCCACAUGUUUGCAAAACCUUGAAGUUGUUACAUUGAUCAUUAUUAAAGCAUCCAGUGGGCCAUCACAAUACAAUGAUCAAUAAUAUGUUAAGUCCUCGACCGUAUAUAUCGCUAUCGGUAUCAGAUUUUUGGUUUGAACAGCAUCGUGAUACCGGUUAAAAAGUAAUUAUCGGACAACUCUAAUUAUAAUACUACCCAUUUCUGUUCUUUGGUAAUCAGCUGUAAAACAUGGGUUGGUUUCCCAAAAGCCAGGGGCGGACCCACCAGGGUGGCAACUGCCACCCUGUAACACAGGCUUGCUACCAAAUUUUACACUUACUUCCAUGAUAUAAGUAGUGGUGUCAGUGAUGAUCCUUAUUAUAAUAUUG